AUGCAGGCUAGAGCCAAGAUGCAGUCCUCGUUAUACGCCAAAUUUCUUAGGAAAGCUUUGCCUCUAGACCAAGCCAAGCUAGCUCUUGCCAAUGCCUGGAGGAGGUUAGGUGAUUUCUCUGUUGCCAAUUUACCUAAUGGAUUCUACUUUAUUAGUUGCGAAACUCAAGAAAUGCAAAACAAACUUUUGUGGGAUGGUCCAUGGUCGGUGGCUGGACGCAUCCUCCAACUUGCACCUUGGUCAGGAAGUUUCCAACCAGCGUUUGAAAAACUCUCCCUUGCGGCCGUGUGGAUUCAAAUAUACCAUUUACCCAUAGAGCUGUGGAGCGGGGAAAUUCUCGAGCAAGUUGCUUCUCAGUUUGGUAGAGUGCUCAAGGUUGAUGAUCAUACUAUCGAUCGUUUGAGGGCUAAAUUUGCUCGUAUAUGCGUGGAACUGGAUCUGGAGCAACCUUUGCAACCUGGAACCUAG